AUGAGACGUCUCUACACCCAGUACGAAGCAUUUUUAUUGACCUGUUUUUCAUUAACCUUAACAUACGUGAAAUGCGAUUUGUUGAAUGUAAGAGUAUCAGACUUAAUUAAUAAUAAUCCUACAAUAGCAGCAGUAUCAGAUUUACAUCAUGCAUUAAAAGUAUUUGCCGAUAAAACAUUAUCGCCAGCCGAAACAGCAACUGACCUUUCUACUUUCAUACUUCAACAGUUUGUCUUGAAUACUUAUAUAAGUAAUAAGGAGCUCAAGGAAUAUUUACAACAAGAAUUUCAGAAUUUAAAUAAUCAGUUAAAAUACAUAAAACUUAAAAUUGGUAAUUUAUCCGAUAAAAUCGAUCAACAAGCUAUUCGAACAGAUUAUCUUAAUGAAAUACAAAAAUUAGAGAAUGUCUGGAUGAAAUAUAAUAAUUUUAUAAACAAUCCUCAUAAUGAUACAUUGAAUGAAGUUAAAAAGAUUUGUCUUGGCGAUUAUACAUCAUCUGAUUUAGUGAUAAACUGGUUUUAUCUACGAAUUAUUCAAAACCAGCAAUUUCCUUACCCUACAUCAAAGGGUAUGUGGUAUAAAUAUAAAUUAAAUAAUUAUAAUAUUGUUCUAUUUUGGAAAACAAAAUUACUUGAUAAUGCUUUUAUACAAAAUCAGGAACAACGAUUAGUGACCCUAUUCGGAUUUAUGAGUGAUUUAUUGUUUCUUCAAGAUUUCGAUACAACAAGAAGCGAUGCAGAAAUGGCAACUCAAUUAGUAGAAAAAGGCAUAAACUAUUUCCAAUUAAUGCUUGUUGUAGAUGGUUCCGCGCUUUUAAAAGGUUCAAUAACAAAAAUCCCAUUGGAGGGUUUUUUGAUACAAUAUUUUUUCCGUAUUCUAUGUAUGUGGGGGAUGUUAUGCUCAUUAUAG